GCUUGACUAUUUGCCGCUGCUGUACUGCUUCAUCGACCUUGGUGGCUAGCUACAAGCUAAGAAUGGCGGGCAAUACAUGGAGGUCAGCGAUUGUUAACCUACUCAGAAAAUGGAGUUUAUCGAUCAGUGGCCAGGAUAAAAUCAAGGCAAAGGAAGGGCGUCAUGUGGCAGGAGCCUUGAGAAAACAGACCAGGGCAUUGUCUCUUGGGAUGCAUACUGUUACUUUGAUACCCGGUGAUGGAAUUGGACCAGAGAUCUCCACUGCUGUCAUGAAGAUAUUUGAAACAGCUCAAGUACCCAUUCAGUGGGAGGAGAGAAAUGUUACCGCCAUUAAAGGUCCCGGGGGGAAGUGGGUGAUUCCUCCAGAUGCCAAAGAAUCAGUGGACAGGAACAAAAUGGGUCUGAAAGGUCCUUUGAAGACGCCAAUUGCUGCAGGUCAUCCCUCCAUGAACCUUCUCCUGAGGAAAACCUUUGACCUCUACUCCAAUGUGCGCCCUUGUGUUUCCAUCGACGGCUACAAGACGCCCUACACAGACGUGAACCUAGUCACCAUCAGAGAGAACACCGAGGGGGAAUACAGUGGGAUUGAACAUGUGAUUGUUGAUGGAGUCGUGCAGAGUAUAAAACUCAUUACAGAGCAAGCCAGCCAGCGCAUUGCAGAAUAUGCAUUUGAAUAUGCAAGAAACAAUAAGAGGACCAGUGUUACUGCUGUUCAUAAGGCGAACAUAAUGCGCAUGUCAGAUGGGCUCUUCCUUCGAAAAUGCAGAGAGGCUGCUGAAAGGAAUAAAGAUAUUAAGUUUACUGAGAUGUACCUGGAUACUGUGUGCCUCAAUAUGGUUCAGGAUCCUACACAGUUUGAUAUUCUGGUGAUGCCAAAUUUGUAUGGAGACAUCCUGAGUGACCUUUGUGCUGGACUUAUUGGUGGACUUGGAGUGACCCCCAGUGGAAACAUCGGCACCAAUGGUGUUGCCAUUUUUGAGUCUGUUCAUGGAACUGCCCCCGAUAUAGCAGGAAAGGACAUGGCCAACCCCACAGCCUUGCUGCUCAGUGCAGUCAUGAUGCUGCGCCACAUGGGCCUGCAUGACCACGCAAAGAGGAUCGAGAGUGCCUGUUUCGACACCAUUCGAGACAAAAAGGUGCUCACCGGAGACCUCGGAGGAAAGUCAAAGUGCUCCGAAUUCACGGAAGCAAUAUGUCAACGAGUGCGAGAUCUUUAAUAGUAAUUGUUUUGCGUUUGCAUCUCCAUGUUUCAAACCAAAACACAUUAAAAAAUAUUAUAUAUAAUACAUAAUAAAACUGGCGGAACGGUGGACGACUGGUUAGAGCGUCAGCCUCAGAGUUCUGAGGACCCGGGUUCAAUCCCCGGCCCCGACUGUGUGGAGUUUACAUGUUCUCCCCGUGCCUGCGUGGGUUUUCUCCGGCCACUACGGUUUCCUCCCACAUCCCAAAAACAUGCAUAAAUUGGAGACUCUAAAUUGCCUGUAGGUGUGACUGUGAGUGCGAAUGGUUGUCUGUUUGUAUGUGCCCUGCGAUUGGCUGGCAACCAGUUCAGGGUGUAUCCCGCCUCCUGCCCGAUGACAGCUGGGAUAGGCUCCAGCACGCCCGCGACCCUAGUGAGGAGAAGCGCCUCAGAAAAUGGAUGGAUGGAUGGACAUAAUAAAACUGUCGCAGGAUUUGUGAUCCCGAAAUGUCUUUUUUUAUUUGCAUCUGUCCAAGAAUUAUCUUCAAAGCUACAGUUACUUUGUAUUCAAUAUGCAUUUUAUUCUGCUUAAGGAGAGUAUCAAGGGGACUAUUACGGUAAUUAUUAUCAUUAUUGUGAUAUUGGUGUGUGUCGAUAACUGAUAUACUGUAGUUAUGUUCUACUAUGGAACUAUACUUGAAUUAAAGUAAUAAGUUAUUACUGUUAUUGUGAAAAAACAUUUAGAUUAUAAAAUUGAAUUCUAUUUAGGCAGUAAAUAUCGAGAGGGGCUUUCAUGCUUUUUACGCAGCUUUGUGUCAGAUAUGAAUGUACUAUAUUACAUCAUAAUGCUAACAUGACAUCAGAAUUGUCUGACAUUUUAUUGUGUGGGUCAAUCGAAUGUGUUUGUGUCUUAUGCCUCUUCACCUGCUAAGCUAGGGUGACUUGUCACUGGUUGUUUGUCUACAUCGGAAAUAAAUUCUGUAUCCACAAGAAUAAACAGUCCUUGUCAUGA